GCUUCACGAUCACAUCCGCAAUGGCCACACAAACAGCCGGCAAACUCCUCUGCCUCCAUGGCUACACCCAGUCCGGCGCAACCCUCCACAAAAAAACCUCCGCACUCCGCACCACCCUCCGCAAAUCCCUCGCCCUCACCUUUUCCUUCCCCACAGCCCCCCACCGCGUCCAACCCUUCACCGAGAACGCCGAUGACCGGGAAUCAUCCGCCGCGACACUGCAAGCCGACCUAGGUGACGAGGAAGGUCAUUGGGCGUGGUGGACGCACGAUGAGGAGGCGAAGACAUAUAAAGGCUUAGACCAGGGUAUGGAUUUCCUGGCGAAGGUAUUGGAGGAGGAAGGUCCGUUCGUUGGUGUGAUGGGAUUCUCGCAGGGUGCCGCAAUGGCAGCGAUGCUCUCCUCAGCCCUCGAACGCUCCCUCCUCAAAUCCUCGCACCCACCCCUAAAAUUCGCGAUUAUCUACUCUGGAUUCCGGGCAGGGUAUCCACAAUAUGACAACUAUUACGAUCCGAAAAUCAAGACGCCGACGUUACAUGUAAUUGGACAAAUGGAUUCGAUUGUGGUGCCGGAGAGGUGUCAGAAGCUCGUGGAGGUGUGUGAGGGUGCGGAGGUUAUGGAGCAUCCGGGCGGGCAUUUCGUGCCCAGUGCGGCGCCGUAUCGGAAGGGCGUUGUAGAGUUCAUUGAGAGGUGUUUGAAGAAGGGUUCUGAAGGUGAGAGGGCUACGCUAUAGACAUGAUACACAGAUUAAGAUACAUGAUAUACUCUAGCAUCAUACACAGUCACCCCAUUUUCCCCACGUCUAAUUCGGCAUGUUCUCCGUAACUUCCUUGCUCACGUCCUCAGC